UCACCUCAAGAACAACAACAACAAUAUCCAAAUUAUGCAGGACAAAUGACAGUUCCUUCUGGAAAUAUCGACAAUAAUGCCGCUCAAGUGAAGCAUACCAGCUUUGAUGAUGAACCACCGUUGUUAGAAGAACUUGGAAUCAACUUCCAGCAUAUUGUACAAAAGACUGGUCAUGUCUUAAAUCCAUUUCGUCAUAUUGAGCCUAGUAUUAUGGACGAUACCGAUAUGGCUGGACCUUUAGUCUUUUGCCUGCUCUUAGGCGCUACUCUGCUUCUAACUGGUAAAGUUCAUUUCGGCUACAUCUAUGGUGUUGGCUUAAUGGGUUGUAUUGGAUUGUACAGCGUCCUUAAUUUAAUGAGUACCAAUGGAGUUGCCUUGGCUUGCAUUGUUAGUGUUUUAGGUUAUUGCUUGUUACCAAUGGUUUUUCUUUCCAGCAUAUCAUUUAUAAUGUCCUUAAAGGGCACUUGGGGCAUGAUUCUAGGUAGUUUUACCGUUUUAUGGUGUAGUCUUUCGGCAGCGAAUCUCUUUGUGGUUGCGCUAUCCAUGGAUCAACAGAGAAUAUUAGUGCUGUAUCCAUGUGCCCUGCUGUAUGGUAUAUUCGCUCUGCUGACGGUAUUUUAA